AUGUCACUUCGGAAACCACCCCUCCCUCGGAUCGUUCUUGACAAUGUGUCGUGCAUGAGAAAUGCGCAACAAAUCUUGCGACAUGUAAAUGUCUCUGUUCAUGAUGGUGGUGCUCUUGUACUGACAGGUAGCAAUGGUUCGGGCAAGAGCACUUUCUUGCGAAUGUUAGCUGGUUUUUCAAAGCCUUCUGCAGGUCAGAUACUUUGGAAUGGUCAUGAUGUUACUGAAUCUGGAGUGUUCCAUCAGUACAAGCUUCAGCUCAAUUGGCUUUCCCUGAAAGACGCCGUCAAAGAAAAGUUUACUGUACUUGACAAUGUUCAGUGGUUUGAGCUUCUUGAAGGCAAGCAAGGGAAUUCUCGACCUGCUCUUGAGCUGAUGGGGCUUGGAAGACUAGCAAAGGAGAAGGCAAGAAUUUUGCCAAUUUGGUUGCUGGAUGAGCCUUCUGUUGCAUUGGAUGAUGAUGGGGUUAGGUUGCUUGAGUACAUUAUUGCAGAGCACAGAAAGAAGGGAGGGAUUGUGUUUGUUGCGACACAUCUGCCAAUUAAAAUUGAGGAUGCCAUGUACUUAAGGCUGCCAGCAAGCAAUCAGAUGGAAGCGAUAAGCACAUCAAUUUUGGAUUUUGGUAAUCUCCCGAUAAGAAAUUCUGACAGCAAGGAUGCUGACACAGAGGGUUUCAAGCAUAGUGUAGAUGGAAUUUUCCAAAAAGUUGAUAAAUUGGAGCAAAGAGUAAAUGAGGUUGAGCAGUUUUACUUGAAUAUAAGUAAAAAGCAGCAGCAGAGUGGUUCGAAAGGUGGUAGCUCGACUGUGAAAGAUAAAGAUAAAGAGAGGAAUGUACCUAGUAUUAGGAAACAGCAGCAAGAUGCAUCGAAACGAGAAGCAGCUGCUGCUAAGAGAAUGCAAGAGCUUAUGCGCCAAUUCGGUACAAUAUUGCGUCAAAUCACGCAACACAAAUGGGCUUGGCCUUUCAUGCAACCUGUAGACGUCAAAGGUCUUGGGUUGCAUGACUAUUAUGAGGUUAUUGACAAGCCCAUGGACUUCAGUACAAUAAAAAAUCAAAUGGAGGCUAAGGAUGGCACGGGAUAUAAGAAUGUCAGGGAGAUAUGUGCUGAUGUGAGGUUGGUGUUUAAGAAUGCAAUGAAAUAUAAUGACGAAAGAAGUGAUGUUCAUGUUAUGGCCAAAACAUUGUUGGGAAAAUUUGAGGAGAAGUGGCUACAACUUCUGCCUAAAGUCACUGAAGAGGAGAAAAGGAGAGAAGACGAGGAAGCAGAGGCUCAAUUGGAUAUGCAGCUUGCUCAGGAGGCUGCUCAUGCUAAAAUGGCUCGUGAUUUGAGUAAUGAGCUUUAUGAGGUUGAUAUGCAUCUGGAAGAGCUUCGAGAAAUGGUUGUUCAAAAGUGCAGAAAGAUGUCCACGGAAGAGAAAAGAAAGCUGGGGGCGGCUCUUACGAGACUAUCUCCUGAAGAUCUAACUAAAGCAUUAGAGAUUGUUGCUCAGAAUAAUCCAGGUUUUCAAGCAACUGCUGAAGAGGUGGAACUUGACAUUAAUGCACAGAGGGAAUCAACCCUAUGGAGGCUAAAGUUUUUUGUGAAGGAUGCCCUGGAAGUCCAGGGAAAAAGUGCAGCAAACACAGGUGGCAAUAACACCACCAGCAACAACAACAACAACAACAAACGUAAAAGAGAGAUUUGCGAUGCUAUUGCCAAAACUGCCAAGAAGAGGAGCAAAAAGCCCUCUUCUUGA